AUGGGAAGUGGGGGGGGGAAGACGAGACACCCCGGAAAAUGUGGGAGCAGACAUGGGGAGUCCUGUAGGAUUUGCGUGUGGUUAUUUAUGUGUCCCUGGGCCCCUUCGAAGGAGGCGAGGGCGAUCGCGCGCGCGGGCACCGCGGGGUCGGCGGCCGAGGCGGCCGAGACCAGCAGGCCGUCCACGUACGGGGAGGUCACGCCGCUCGGCGUGCGCCAGAUCGGGCGCGCCCUCGGGCUGGACAAGCUGGCCGGGGAGCCGGCUGUGUUCAUGGACCUGGGCAGCGGCGUGGGGAAGCUCGUGGCGCAGGCGUACCUGGAGUGGCCGGCCGUGGUGCGCGCCGUGGGCGUGGAGCUCUCGCACACGCGCGCGGCGAGCGCGAGGGCGGCCUGGGGGGAUCUCUCGGCCAGCGGCGACGCGGCGGAGCUGCGCGCCGCGGCCGCGGCGCUGGGCAGCGGCCCUCGGCCGCCGGCACCCGGAGAGAUCGUGUUCCUGGAGGGAGACCUCUUCGAGGUGGACGUGAGCGAGGCAACCCACAUCUACCUGGCCUCCCUGUGCUUCAGCGACGGGAUGCUGUCGCGCGUGGCGGGGAAGCUGUCCGCCGAGGCCGCCCGCCUGCGCGCCGUCGCCUCGCUGCGGCGGUUCCCGGGUGGCCUGCCGGGCUUCGAGGGCAACGGCAGCGUGGAGGCCCGCAUGAGCUGGAGCCAGCCUCGGACACCCCUGGCAACCACCGCUCCAUUUGUACCGACGCCGAGUGCCGGCAAGUCUGGAGCUG